UCACCAACAAAUCUUGGCUUUUGUUUCAUUUUCAUCAGGGAAUUCCAACAGCAAUGAGGAUUGCUGAAGAUGCCAAGGAUGACAAGUGUAAGAGGAAUGCUCACCUUCAGGAACUUUCACAGGAAUCCUGUGCCAAACAAUUUGCUGCAAGAGACUUGAAAUAUCAGAAGGGGAAAAAUGUCAAUGUUAGACAGGCUUCAAAGCCUCGCCAUACUGUGUGUAAAGAAAAUGACAAACAGAAUUUGUGUAUAAAGUCCAUUUCAGGAAAGGGUGACUAUUUCUCUAGGUGUAUGUACAACUCAUGGGACAAACAAUCCGAGGUCAGAAGCUUUAAAGACUGUAAGGAAAGAGAGUUAGGAAUACAAAAUCAGGAGAAGUGUGAUCUUACUGAUUACUCUUUGAGAAAAGCCCAAGUAAGAUUGGAUUUCAGAGAAAAACAUGAGAGUGAAAAACUAAAAAGUUUACUUUCACCAAGCAAAAAAACUGAAUAUUUAGGCGGACUUAAAGGUUUGGAUUGGAUGUUCCAACACUCCCCUGCAUCACCUGCCCAGCAGGACCAAGUUGUCAACAUGAUGCACUCAUCAGAAAUCACUGAUCAGGACGUUGAUUUUCAUGUGCAGCCCCCGAAUAUCCUCAGAGACAGUGGCUUCCAAGGAAGCAAUGCUCCAACAGAGGAGCCCCAAGGAAAGAUCACUGAUCAAGAGAACAUGAGGGAGUUUAAUGAUACUUAUCUGGGAGGAUCUGAGGAUUCUCAUACUGAAAUAAUUGGUGGACCUGUCCUUGGAGAUGACGGUGAGGAGAAAGUUGCAGAGGAAGUGGACACAGCAGAAGAGGAAGAGGCAGCAGUAGAGCAUGAGAGAGCUGAAGAGGAGGAGUCGCAUAUAGUGGAGGAAGUCAAUGUCAAGGGUGAUGUUCUUUCAGUCAUUGAUAACCAUGUACAGGUUGAGACAGCAGAAGAGGAGAUUGAGCAUAUAGUGGAGGAUGUCAAUGUCGAGGGUGAUGUUCUUUCAGUCAUUGGUAACCAUGUACAGGUUGAGACAGCAGAAGAGGAGAUUGAGCAUAUAGUGGAGGAUGUCAAUGUCGAGGGUGAUGUUCUUUCAGUCAUUGGUGAGGUACAAGGAGCUCUGGAACAGCCUCUGGAUCCACCAGCAGAUCAUGUCCAGGGCCAGUCACCAGUACACAACUUUGAAGGAGAUUACAGAGACAUACAUGGUUCAAAUCCACAUAAAGUUGACUUCCCACCUACAAACAGGCAAUAUCCAGAGAAUAUUUAUGAUGCCAACUCUCUCACAUGUGAUGGACUUAUUGAAUCCGAUGAUGAAGACAGCCAACUCAGUCACAUUGAUUCCAAUAUUAACGGCAAUGACAAUGAAGAACAGAACUACCAAGCAGCUGCAGAACCAUUGCCAACUGUUGGAGCAGUUGCCCUUAAUAUGUUUGGAAAUCGGUCAAGAUCUACACUCGAAGGAAUUCCAGCGGAGCUUACAGGUAAUGCUCGAGGAAUUCAUGUAGGGCUCAUAGACACAGAGGGAGCUCAAGCAAGACCAACACAAGAUGCCCAAAUAAGACCAAUACAAGGAGUGCAUGAGGCAGGGUCUAUACAAGACACGCAAGCAAGAGAAACAAAUGUCUUAAGAGGAUCUUGUCAUGAGGGUCACAUGACUAGUGAAAUUUUCGAAGCAGGUCAUCAAGAACUACUGUUACAGCAAAGCAUACGAAACGUUACAGGAGGAAAUACAAAUUUGGCCAAGCAGUUCCUGUCCCAUCUCAAGACAGAUAGAUUACUGUCACAGCACUGUGGGGUUAUAGUGUGCAGGGCCCUACAGACAGUAGUUGAGAGAGGAGAAGGUGGGAGGUUUACCACUGGCCAUGGAGGCCAGUAUAUUGUGGUAUCUGAGGAGGGACGUGGAGGUUACGGCAUUGUCCACCUUUGUGAAGCAGUCAUUGUAAAUGGACAUCAGCUGGAGAGUGUCAAAUUUGCAAGGAAAAGGAUGCCAAUCUGGAGGUUUAAUGUACAGGAGGCUGGGUUGUACAUAGACUAUGGGCAACGACUACGCUGGAUGCUUGAUUUGAAGGGUAUUGUAAGAGACGGAGACAACGUAGACCUAUUCCUUCAGUAUGCACCAGGUGGUUCCCUUGCAAAGUGGAUACAGAAAUCCCCUGAUCUACAGAUUGUGGACAGUAUUGGGCAGAAUAUCAUCUACAAUCAGAUACAUGGCAUUGUAUACCAGCUACUUAGAUGUACGUCAGACUUAAACAGACUGAAGACAGCUCACUGGGAUAUCAAAGCUUGGAACGUCCUGUUUACAACUGAAGAUUGUCAAGGAAGCUCUGCAGUUUUGAUAGACACUGGAACAGCCAAGGUUUGGACGGACUUACAGCACAAUGGCAUACGACAUCUUGAUGGAACUCUGAUUUUCUUCCCGCCAGAGAUUGAGGAGGUGUGUGUGUUUGUAGAGGAUUUCUUGGACCUUGAGUUAGUAGAUGCCUGGAAUAUAGGUGCCACCAUUUACCACGUUCUCACCGGGCGCCAUCUAUGGUUUGAGAAAAAACAAGAGUUCAGGAUGAAGUAUGGACAAAAAAACUGGAAAAAACCUAUGAGGGACUAUAUAUUGUCUGAGGGUUGGCGUGUAUGCGAGUUAAUCAACAGGAUUGACCAAUCACAGCACCCCCUUGUCACCCCACUUGUGCUGGUAAUGUCACAACUCCUGGAAUAUGAUGCUUGUCUGCGGCGUACAGCAACAGAGGUGCUUGACUUACCAGUGUUCUUGGAAAUGAGACAACAACAAAUCCCCAGUUGUGCAGCAGGAAUGGGUGAACCACAAGUAGGGGAUGGGGCCAUCACCAUUCCUCAUUGUAGGGCAGGGAAGAGCAGAAGGUUUCCAGAAAACCCCUAUGCAAAAGUUGUAGUGUUUUAUAAAAAUACUACCAUUUAUCUGGAUCAUUUUGAGAGGAGACAGGGAUUACAUUUGCAAAACCUUCCUGAUAAUGCCAAAUUCCGGAAUCAGUUGGAGCUUCAUGUCCCGAACUUCGAGGACGGCUGCAGCUACAACCUUUCAUGCCACACGAGGGAUAGAGUCAGUGGAGAGUUGGUUCUGAUGAACGUGGGAACUAUAUACCAGGAUACCUAUGUGUACCUGACAAUUAACAUGUAGUCACUCCUCAUAGACAGCUAGUAUGGACCAGAGAAAACAGACCCAGUCCUCAUAGACAGCUAGUAUGGCGGAGAGAAAACAGACCCAGUCCUCAUAGACAGCUAGUAUGGACAACCAGUAUGGCCGAGAGAAAACAGACCUAGUCCUCAUAGACAACCAGUAUGGCCGAGAGAAAACAGACCCAGUCAUCAUAGACAGCUAGUACGGACAACCAGUAUGGCUGAGAGAAAACAGACCCAGUCCUCAUAGACAGCUAGUACGGACAACCAGUAUGGCCGAGAGAAAACAGACCCAGUCCUCAUAGACGGCUUGUAUGGACAACCAGUUUAUAAUGGAGACCAAGUAUGGACCAGGGAAAAUAGACGCAAACAGAGCAAUAUAUUUUAUUUUCAAAACAGUGGGACCCAAUUUUUAUAUAGGUAGAUAUAACAUAUUUCCCAUGUACCAAUUUUUUACUUUUUUAACUAAGCAAAAAAAUAUAAUUGUUUAUUAUGAUAUGGGCAAAGGUUGUACCGUGCAUAUUAUAAUAUUGUUUUUCUGCAGUGAAUAGAUUUUUAAAACCAUGAUUUCUUGAAGAUAUAUUGCAAGAAUCUAUUCCUCAAUCCUGAUUUAUAUUUAGCAAGCAUACUAUCUUUUAGUUUUUAACACUUACAUCCUAUUUUACUAGAUGUUCUUUAAUUAUAUAACUCACUUUAUUUUAUAUUCCUUUAAAUAAUGAUCUGGGGUUUCUCAUUGGAUACAAAAGUGAGAUUUUCCUUUAUACCUGUGGUUGUGUUAACCUCAUAGCAUACUAAAGAUAUGUUGGGGGCAUUACAUUGUGCAUAAUGACAUCAACAGUACAUGAUGUUUUAACAUGGCACACACACAAUCAUAUAUAACCCUGUUGUGAGCUUAUGUUCACAUAUAUAUGCAAAUUGGUAUGAUUGGUUAAAUAAUCGUAUGUAUAGUAUUCAAAUUUUUAUCAGCAAUAUUACACAAAAUAUCCAAUAUUAUUACAAUGCAUUUUACAAUCUAUGCAGUGAAACAAUGUAUGUAUGUAAAAUUGUCAAAAAUGUGCUUGCAUCUAUACAUCUCUCUGGUACCAGUACAGGGACCAGAACAGGGUUCAGAACAUGUACAGGGACCAGAACAUGUACAGGUACCAGAACAGGUACCAGAACAGGGACCAGAACAUGUACAGGUACCAGAACAGGGUACCCGGACCAGAACAUGUACAGGUACCAGAACAGGGACCAGAACAUGUACAGGUACCAGAACAGGGACCAGAACAGGGACCAGAAAAUGUGACUGAAGGUUUGAAUUACAAAAGACAUAAACAAUAAAUUUCCCAAAAAAUAGUGAUAAAAUCCUUCAGGCCGGCCAAAGAUUCUACAACGUAUAAGUAUCCUAUUAGACCUUUCCUCACCAGUCAAUCUUCAAUGUGGAUGGGUCAGCCUGUUUAUAAUAGUAUCGGUGUUGAUCACUAAUUGUAAAAGAGUUGAUUAAUUAACAUUUAACACUAUCGCAUAUAAGGUGUGCUUGCCACAAAUCAUGUUACCGAAAUAUAUGAUAGAAGUGUGGUUGGCUUGGAAAUUGUUAGCUUAAAAAGUUAUAUAAUCUGCAAAUCUAUCUCUGUGCCAUAGUUUGAUAUAUAUCUGUGCCUAUAAGAUCAAUUCAUGUGCCAUAUAGAUUAUUCAUUCUAUAAGAUCACCAAUUAAUGUGCCAUAUAGAUUAUUUAACAUAUAAGAUCACCAAUUAAAGUGCCAUAUAGAUUAUUCAACCUAUAAGAUCACCAAUUAAAGUGACAUAUAUAUUAUUUAACCUAUAAGAUAAUGAAUUAAAGUGAAAUAUAGAUUCUUUAACCUAUAAGAUCACCACCUAAUGUGCCAAAUGGAUUAUAUAACCUAUACUAUAAGAUCACCAACUAAUGUACCAUAUAGCAUAUUAAACAUUCAUUAUCCCACUUUCCUCCAAAAUUAUCUUUAAUUUUGAAAUGUUAAGUAAGUUCCUCACUACCCAUGUUACUUUAUCAUUUAUGUUAGCGUCACAAUCAUAACAUUGACUUUGUCAGGAUGCUCUAGGAUAUAGUUUUUUCAGAUUUUUCCAAAUUAGUUGAUGACAAAAGUUAAUAACAAUGUUAUUUUUUUGUAUAAAAAGUGCCGUGCAAGUCAUUUAAUACUUGUCUGCUAUAUACAAAGUGCUGUGUUAGACAUGAGCUAACUUGUACCUGCGGUAUCAACUGGCACAUCAUCAAUAGUUCAUCAAACACAAUACUGACCAGCUAUUUAUAAAUGAUAGUGCAUCACAAAAUGAUGACAAUUUAUUUUUCUUAAUUAAUGAACAGGUUGAUAGAAUGUUUUAAUUGAUGGAAUAUUUGUGAUGUUGACUAAAUUAAGCUCAGACAAUUAUCAACUGACUGCCUUACAUGUCAACAUAAAAACGGAGACUUUGAAUUUUCUGUGAGUUUAGACAUUGGCUCAGAUUGGUUGGUUUAUCUGAAUUUAUUUAUAUUUUUAAUUUUUGAAACUAAAAAUGGGGUGUACAGUUCCUACACUAUAACUUUGUUUGUGAUAACUUUGUUUGUGAUACUUUAUACCUUUAUUUAAGAAGAGAUACAAUAUGAUUUGGUCACACUUACUGAAUUAAGUGAAAAUGUGAAUACUGAUAUGUGACUUUUAAAUAGAAAAUGUUUUGUUGUAAAUGUAGUAGAUUAACUACGACAGAUGACAUCAGUGAUGUAUUCAGAAUUCUUUGUUUAGUUUAGCUUAUUAUUGGUUGUUAUUCAUUUUUAACAAAAUUAAAAGGUGAAUGAUUUCUAGAUUACUGGUUGUUUAGCGGUUUUUAAAAUUACUUCUAUCUAGAUGAUAGGUUGUUAGCAUUUUUUUUUUAAAUUAAUGCAAUCUAGAUGUUUGUUUGUAUUAAUCCAGAUGGCUGGACAUUAGUUAAAUAUGGUUGAUUUAUCUGGAAUAUUUACUGCAACACUUUAUUCUUGCAUCAUGAUAUAGUUACUAAUGGUGCAAUAAUGAAAAGUCUGGAACAACUAACUUUUGUUUCAAUAGCAGCAUUGUUAUAUAAGCUCUACAUAGACUAAAAGGUUCGAUACAAUUCACACAGGUUGUCAUUAGGGUACACAGUAAUAAUCUCUACAGAGCUUAGGUUUAAUAUAAUGUUUACAGGUUGUCAUUAAGGUAAUCAUGCUUAGGAAUGGGCCGGAUUUGUAAAAUAAGAAUCAACAAUUGACUUUCCGAUCACAAAAUAUUCCACAACAUGGUCCAAAUCAAAAUUAUUAUGUAACAUAUUUGUUGUAAGUUAUCUCCCCUUUGACUGUACAACUGAUGUACAAUAUUUUUAUAUAUUUAUCAAAUUCCUCAUAAAAGGAGAUUGUUUGCUGCUUUUUUAUGUCUUCACAAUAGCAAAGGUCACAUGACAUGGGUUCACAGAUGAUUAGGCCCAUCAUGGAACUCUUCAAUGUGCAAUCUCAUUUAGAUAUCAUGUAUACAGACACAGAGUUGUGACCCAUUAUAUAAACAGAUUAACUGUGCUUCGUGACAUAGGAGUUACCGAUAGAUGCUAGAAGAAAUAGAUACAUGUAGCUGUGUUAGAAACAUUUUAACGUACAAAACAUACUUUUAGAAGGAUGUAAUACCUAAAACCAUUAAUUGUGACUUAUGAAAAGUACCAUUUGUUAAAAGAUUUGAGUAUGCAUACUUUAUUAUCUCCCUUGCACUGCUGGAAGUAAGGUUUCUGAAAUUGGGAAAUGAUUUGACUUACUAUAAGGCUUGUAAUGCAUUGGAAAUGCUAAGUAAUACUACAGGCAAACUAAAUAUGCAUGCUGUAGGUGUAGGGGACAAAAUUUAUAUAAUUUGUUUGCCUUUAAGUGGAUUAAUAAUCAUUGGAAAAAUUACCCUUUCACAACUUCAACUUUUCUAAAUGAUGAAAUUGGGAAAAUGAAUUCCUCAACAGUUUUGGAACAUGUCAGUCAAAGAUUUAUGAUGUUUUAUUACAGACAUGUUAUUCGAAUGAUAUCAUAAACUUAAAGUUUUACAUUCAAUUCUUUAAAUUUAUAGUUUCUUUUGUGCAUUACUUACCCAUUUAUUAGUAUUUUGCUUAAUAAAGUCUGUUUAGUGGCAGACUGGAUUGUGUUUAUGUAGAUAUAAAACCUAUAUGUAUUGUUAUCUGCUGUGUUUAUGUAGAUCGAAAACCAAUAUGUUUUGUUAACUGCUGUGGAAAGAAUAUGCACUGUUACACACUCUUAGAGUGUAUCGUAUAUUUUAUGCUUUGAUUAAAAACAGUAAAAUCAAAA